AUGACCUAUGGAAAUGGUGCGGCCCCGGCACAGGCCUACGGGUCCUACAAGAGCACGAAUUCACAAAAUUGGGAUCACCAGGGCAGGUUCUCUCCAACAGACUCAAUGGACGACAUCAUGGCAUCGCCCAGCCUGUCCGACUACUCCAUUGACAACAGUGGCGGAACCGGGACGACACCGCCGGGAAAGCAUCACAAGUCGUCGUCACACAGCAAGGCCAGCCGAUCACAACGGAGGCCGUCGAACCGGGACGAGUUCGACGGGCCGCACCAGUUCCUUCAGCGACCGCCGCCAGAGUACAUCGCCAUGCAAGAACGCGAGCUGCCGCAUCUCCCAACCAACCUGCUCGUCCAGGAGCAGGACAGCGUGCUGGCGCAGGUCAACGACCGGCUGUCGCAGUGCGCGUACGACUUCGUGGCCAAGUACCAGUUCCCGAUCCCGUUGACGCAGGACAUGCGACCCGUGGAGCGGCCGCAGGACCGUGAGUGGACCGAGUGGGUGUACCUGCUCAAGCGGCUGGCGACGAAGCGGCGGAUCCCGGCGCGGGUGCUGUACAACGGGCAGAUCAAGCAGUUCGUGACGAUCCUCGAAAACAGCCUUGAGAUGAGGCACGCCGCCAAGCACCAGAGCCGGCCCCUCAAGGACGACAGGAACAUCCUGCAGCUCAUCAGCGCCGGCAUCCAAGUCGCAAAGAUCCUCAAGGACGCCCAGGCCAUGGACUACUUGGACCGGCUGUAUGUCAGCACGGAGCAGCAGAUCCAGGAGAGGGCCAAAGCUGCCGCGGUGAGGUUCAGCCGCGGUUGA